GCACCAAGCUCUUCCCCACCUCCACUUUCUAGGGUUGAAAGUUGAAAGUUGAAAGAUCCCUUAAACCCAAUUACCUUCUCUUUUGUUUGAGAUAUUGCAGAAACAAAUUCGCUAAGAGACACCGAGAAAGAGAGAAAAUUUUGAGGUCGUUAUUGAAAGGCGAGUGCAGACCUAAGGCAGAAAAAAAAGAAAGAUCUAUAUUUUAUUUGCGUUGCCCUUAGAUAUUCUUGCUUUUUUAAAAGUUCCUUCCUUGCCCCUUUCCCCCACCAACUUUGUUUCUUUCUCUCUCUCUAACGUGAGAGAGACCUAAAGCAGAAACCCCGGUGUUAGCUCCAUCUGGGUCACCAAUGGCGAGCUGGGUCUUAUCAGAAUGUGGCCUGAGGCCUCUUCCUCAAGUUUUUCCUAGACCCAGAGCUGGUCCCAUCUCAUACAAGACCUCAAAGAUUAGAUUUUUGCACUCAAAUGAAACGGGGAUGGAUCUCAAAUUGCAUUCGAAAAGAAUUUCAAGUGGGUGUUUGAGAGAGAGAAACUGGGGGCUAAAAGUAAGUGCUCCAUUGAGGGUUGCUUCUGUCGAAGGAGAGGAGGAGCGGGGAGAGAGAAUCAAUGGCGUUAAUGGGUUCAAAGAAGAAAAAGAAGAACCGGGGUUCGACCCAGGGGCGCCGCCGCCGUUCAAUUUGGCUGACAUUCGUGCCGCUAUUCCAAAGCAUUGUUGGGUGAAGGACCCGUGGAGGUCCAUGAGCUACGUGGCGAGGGAUGUUGCGGUGGUUUUUGGGUUGGCUGCAGCCGCGGUUUAUCUCAACAAGUGGUUCGUUUGGCCUCUGUAUUGGGCUGCUCAGGGUACCAUGUUCUGGGCUCUCUUUGUUCUUGGCCAUGAUUGUGGCCAUGGGAGCUUUUCAAAUAAUCAUAAGUUAAACAGUGUGGUGGGGCAUCUUCUGCAUUCUUCAAUCCUUGUACCCUAUCACGGAUGGAGAAUUAGCCAUAGGACACAUCAUCAAAACCAUGGGCAUGUUGAGAAUGAUGAAUCAUGGCACCCGUUGUCUGAAAGAAUUUACAAGAAUUUGGACAACCUUACAAAGGCUUUUAGAUUUACAGCGCCUUUUCCACUGUUUGCUUACCCUUUCUACCUGUGGGGAAGAAGUCCUGGGAAGACUGGUUCCCAUUAUGACCCAAACAGCGAUUUGUUUGUCCCCAAUGAGAGGAAAGAUGUGAUCACUUCCACCGUAUGUUGGACAGCAAUGGCUGCUCUGCUUGUGGGGUUAUCCUUUGUAAUGGGCCCAGUUCAAUUGCUUAAACUCUAUGCCGUUCCAUAUUGGGUUUUUGUUAUGUGGUUGGACUUGGUCACUUACCUGCAUCACCAUGGCCAUGAAGACAAAUUACCAUGGUAUCGUGGAAAGGAAUGGAGUUAUCUGAGGGGAGGGCUUACAACGAUUGAUCGCGACUACGGAUUGAUUAACAAUAUUCACCAUGAUAUUGGAACUCAUGUCAUUCACCAUCUUUUUCCUCAAAUACCACACUACCACUUAAUUGAAGCGACUGAGGCAGCCAGGCCAGUUUUUGGGGAAUAUUACAGGGAGCCAAAGAAAUUGGGGCCUCUGCCUUUUCACCUGAUUGGAAGCUUGAUAAGAAGCUUAAAACAGGAUCACUAUGUGAGUGACUCUGGGGAUGUUGUAUACUACCAAACUGACCCUAAGAUUAGUGGCUCAUCUAAGUUGAAGUAAAGUUUCAACUGCAUUUUUUCAUCACAACAUAGAAAGGUUCUCAAGCUAUUUUAGCAAGGGAGAACUAAUUACUGACAAAUAUGAUUGUAGCUGCUUCUUCUACCACAUAAGCCAAGUAUAUGCAUCUGGCAAUGUCGACAAUAGUGCUGUAAUAGGGAAGGGAAGAUGUGUAUUGAUUUUUCUUGGAGAGAAAAUAUUCUCGUCGGCAGAUUUAUAAUGUACUAUUUAAAUUUUACGAAGUGAUAAAAUUAUGGGUAAAAAUUAAAGAAAAUUAAUUUCUUUCAAAAUGUUUGUAAUGGGUUAAAUAAAUGAUUCUAUUUGAGAUUCUGA